UGUUGUAAUAAGUGUAAAAGCGACAAAUAGCCUGCGUGGGCGUUGCACUUACAGUGGGCGAAAAUUGAUUAAUUGCGGCGCAUGCCGAGAAGGGAAAAAAGGGAGGAUGUGUUUUCAAUAAACGAGAGUGAAAACCGCGACGAACAAGUGACUGCAGAAAUCAAGAACAAAGAACUCGAUGGGAAAUAUGUGGCACAACGCCUAAAUUUUGGCUUUUCCUCCUCAUUUUCCAGUUGAAAAGUACGCGUUGCAGCAGCAGCAGCAGCAACAACAGCAACAACAACAAAAGCAGCGGCAGCCAAAAAGUGCAACUAACGGGAGUUGCUCUACGCAGAUAAUCCAGAUAGUAUCGGAAGUAAUCGGAUCGGGAGAUAAUCCAGCAUGGCGGAUCCAGAGCGUCAGAGCCUGAUCAACAAGGACGAGGGCAAUGGCUACAACUCCGUGGACGCCGUGGACGAUGGAGCCGACAAUCCGGGGAGCAGCUCAUCGGUGGCCACCAACGAGGACGGCAAUGGAGCACCGACAGCGGUGCCGUGCAUUGGACCCGAUGAGCUGCCGCCGCCGUAUCAGCAGAGCACCAACACCGGAGGCGUGCCCAUGGUCACCUGUCGGGUAUGUCAGCACAUGAUUGACAUCACCACGAAGCGGGAGCAGCACGUGGUCAAGUGCACCCACUGCAAUGAGGCUACUCCCAUAAGGAACGCUCCGCCGGGCAAGAAGUACGUCCGGUGCCCAUGCAACUGUUUGCUUAUCUGCAAGAGCUCCUCGCAGCGCAUCGCUUGUCCCAGGCCCAAUUGCAAGAGGAUCAUCAACCUGGCCCCGAGUCCCGUCACCCCGCCCGUGCCCACCAUGCCGGGCAUGUGCCGCGUCACCUGUGGCCACUGUUCGGACACGUUUUUGUUCAACACGUAUCACAACGCCCUGGCCCGCUGUCCACACUGCAGAAAGGUGUCGUCGGUGGGCUCGCGAUUCGCCAAUAGCCGCGGCGUAAUGUUCGCCAUUGUGGCGCUGGUGUUCCUCAUCGCAGGCAUUGGCGUAACCAUAGGCACAUUCUCGUAUGCUUCGAAUCACGGUGGCAUGUAUAUCCUCUAUGUGGCGCUGUUCGUGAUUGCGGGGUGCAUGCUGGCCCGCUCCGCCUACUAUUUCCGCCUUAAAGUGAGCGCCAUCGAUGGGCCAAUGUAAAGCUAAAGCACGGGGCCAGCAGCAAAGAAAGUGCAUUGUUUUAUUUUUAUAUAUAUAUAUUAUUCAUAUAUAUCAUUCCUUUUGAUAUUAAAUUUAACUAAACACAAGCAGCCAAUUUGCAGACGGAACAUGUGAACAUUUCUCCAGCAGUUCAGCUAAAAAUUCUUAUUUUCGUGCAAAAACAAAUAGCAAACCUAGCUAAAUUAUCGAAAGGAAGGAGGUACCCGUUUAAACUUUAAAGUGAUUUUGAAAAGCAUAAUUAGGAUGUUAAGGCCGUAACUAACUAAAUAAAACAAACACUAUACUGAAAGCAAAUAUUUCGAGAGUCGCAGGAGCAGCUACCAUUAAAGUGCUAAAAGAGAAACACAGAACUGUAGGCAGUCAUUAGUAAUUAGAUCAGCGACCGAUCAAGCCACUCGCAACCCGUUCAUUGAAUCUUCAGGCUCCAUUUUAGAGAUUGUACAGUUUUGUUGUUUAAGUGUCCGAUUUGUUAUCCGUUUGUGCCUGUCCUGCAACUAUUUCGGUAUUUAUUCAUUACGUAUUCGUUGAUACGCUUUGAUUUUGUGUUGCAUAGAUUUUAUCCGAUGCACUCUUCUCAGUUCUCAGUUCCCGCCAAAGCAGAAGAAAGCGUUUUGUUUUUUGGCGUUAGAAAUCAUCUAAAGGGUAUGCUAAUAGUGCUAAAGAAGGUACAUACAUACGCGCAUAUAUACCAUACAUACAUAAUUAUAAUGAAAAUAAACAAAGCAACACUUCUUGAACAACAGAGAACAAGCAACGCUCAUGCAGAAACAACAAUUUAGACAGCAACUGCUAAACUGCGAAAUUAAAUAUACAUAUAUAUAUAUAUAUAUAUAUAUGAUUAAAAGGAACGGUUUACUUUUGAAAUAUAUAUAUAUACAACAUUUAUAUUUAGUACAUUAUAAAUUAGCAUACAUACACUGUAAAUAAAAAGAAAUAAAACCUCAA